UCACCUCCAGCCACUCAGCGCUCCCUCUCCCUCUUCAGCAGCACCGCCCGCUCUCUGUCUCUUUCUACCUUUCUCUCUCCUCCUCUCUUUGGCUCACAGAAGGUUCCCAGGCUGCUGGUCCGUCCGUCUGUCCGUCCGCCCGUCAUUCUGACUGUCCGACAAUCCCACUGAAGCUCCAGCCCCAACCGGGACACAGACUCUCACAAAGCUGCCGAGAUGGCGAUGAACAGCAUUCUCAACGCUGCCGAUAUCAAGAAAGCCCUAGACGCAUUCGCAGCGGCUGACUCGUUUGACCAUAAGAAGUUCUUUGAGAUGGUGGGUCUGAAGGCCAAGUCAGCUGAUGAUGUGAAGAAAGCCUUCCUGGUGCUGGACGCUGACGCCAGCGGGUUCAUAGAGGAGGAGGAGCUCAAGUUCGUACUGAAGGGAUUCGCCUCAGACGGCAGGGACCUGACCGAUAAAGAAACCAAAGCAUUCUUAAACGAAGCCGACAAGGACGGGGACGGCAUGAUCGGCAUCGACGAGUUUGUUGCCCUGGUGCACGAGUAAUAGACUCCUCCCUAAACCGACUAGUGCUCCACCACCCGGCCCCGACACUCACUCCCCCUCUCCCAGUCUGCAGCCGACCCCCACACACCCCCCUCAUCCCUCCACCUACCCUCACUGACACCCAGCUCUCUCCCACUCAAGCGCACUACUACUACUGCACUGGAGGAAGGGGGUCGUGGCUCCCGCCCCCCCACCCCGCUAACUUACCCCUCUCCCCCACUCCCACCCACAACCCCCACCCUAUUUAUUUUUUCCUUUUUAUACAAGCAUAUGUGUUUCUGUUUAUGUAUAGUUAUCAGACCACCUGGAAGGCCAAUAACCUCAAGUUAAAAUAAUAAUGUAGAUAUUUCAAAAUGAGAGAAAGUCAUAUCUCCUUUGAGUUGAUUUUACUUCACCCCCGUUUUCUCUCUCCCUCUUCCCCCACUCUUUCUCUUUCUCUGUCCCUUGUUUCUGUCUCUCUCUUCUAUCUCUAUUUCAACUUUCUGGCACUGCUCCCCUCCUUUCCUUUCCUCCCCAUCCCUCCAUCCCUCUCUCCUUUGGUAAUGAGCUGUUGUAAAAACACACCAAAAGAUGAAAGAGGUCAAGCUGUGAAAGAACAAAAUAAAAUAAAGAAAUGCCUCAAGAACAACUGA